AUGCCCAGCGCGGCGCCGUAUUCCACCCAGACGGGGUCUUGCGCAUCCCCCACCAUAAUGCGCCUGGAAUGUCGGACGCAGGACGCAGCGUCCUCCGUGCGUCUUUCGCAUCAUGAGAGGCAGGGGCAUGAGAGGGAGGGGCACGAGAGGGAGGGGCAUGAGAGGCAGGGGCAUGAGAGUCAGAGGCACGAGAGGCAGGGGCAUGAGAGGGAGGGGCAUGAGAGGCAGGGGCAUGCAAGGGAGGGGCAUGAGAGGGAGGGGCAUGAGAGGCAGGGUCAUGAGAGUCAGAGGCAUGAGAGGCAGGGGCAUGAUAGGGAGGGCCAUGAGAGGCAGGGGCAUGCGAGGCAGGGGCGUGAGAGGUUGGGGCAUGCGAGGCAGGGGCAUGAGAGGCAGGGGCAUGAGAGGGGGGGGCAUGCGAGGAAGGGGCAUGAGAGGGAGGGGCAUGAGAGGGAGGGGCAUGAGAGGCAGGGGCAUGAGAGUCAGAGGCAUGAGAGGCAGGGGCAUGAGAGGGAGGGGCAUGAGAGGCAGGGGCAUGAGAGGCAGGGGCAUGAGAGGGAGGGGCAUAAGAGGGAGGGGCAUGAGAGGGAGGGGCAUCAGAGGGAGGGGCAUGAGAGGUUGGGGCAUGCGAGGCAGGGGCAUGAGAGGCAGGGGCAUGAGAGGGAGGGGCAUGAGAGGCAGGGGCAUGCGAGGCAGGGGCGUGAGAGGUUGGGGCAUGAGAGGGAGGGGCAUGAGAGGUUGGGGCAUGUGAGGCAGGGGCAUGAGAGUCAGAUGCAUGAGAGGCAGGGGCAUGAGAGGGAGGGGCAUGAGAGGGAGGGGCAUGAGAGGGAGGGGCAUGAGAGGGAGGGGCCCCAGUGGUCUGAACCGCAGCCGGAACAGGAAGAGGGGGCGGAGGCUGCAGUGACGGAAUAUCAGCACGCUGUCGUGGAGGGACGAAGGCCCCCCUCGCCUCUCCGCCUCCCGCUCCUACAAAUCCCGUGUCCGGAAGAGGGGGAAUCCAGGGCACAGGGGGAUAUGGCGCAGCAGAAACAGGACGCAAGGAGGCAUGUGGAGCACGAUCACCGCCAGGAGCGGGAACCCGCGGGUACGCCGAUGCGUGGGGCGCAGGAGCAGCAAGGGGCGCGGCCGAAGCCUGCACAUUCACAGGAGCUGGUGCGGGCGCGGGAGCGGCGGGAGGAGGAGGGGCAACAAAUUUGA